AUGCAUACAAGUUGGGUUACUUGGACUGCAAAAGUGUGGUCGCUCAUUGUUAUUCCAUUAGAGAUGAAGACGUCGAGAGUUUCUACCUUGGCCUGCCCCAUGAAUGUUGUGGACAUAGAGGCAGCCGAAGAGCAAGUGGCUGAAGAGACUGUAAUUGAGGAAGAUGAUAUCGAGAAAGACGGCUAUGAAUUCCAAAAAGAAGAUAUAGUUCUACUGUGGGUGGCAGAAAGUUUAAUUCCACAAGCUGAGAGUGAGAAAAGAAUGGAAGAGCUGACUAAGAAAUACUUUGAUGACUUAUUGUCACGAUCAUUUUUUCAAAGAUCAAGAAAUGAGAAGUUCACAAUGCAUGAUCUCAUCAAUGACUUAGCUAUGUCUAUGUCAAGGGAAUCCUGUUUGAGAUGGGAAGGGGGCGAAUCACAUGAAGUUUUGAAAAGAGUUCGGCAUUUGUCGUAUGCUAGAGGGCAAUUUGAUUGUGCUGCGAAAUUUGAGCCAUUAUAUGAGGUUAAGCAUUUGCGAACCUUCCUACCCCUAAGAAGAGAAUGGCAUCGGCAUUAUGUAAGUAAAAGGGUUUUACAUGAGUUAGUGCCAUCUCUAUUAUGUUUACGGGUGCUAAAGUUGUCAAAAUAUGGUAAUAUUGUUGAGUUACCCAAUUCUAUUGGUAACCUCAUUCAUUUGCGCUACUUGGAUCUCUCUGAUACCGCAAUCAAGAGGUUACCUUCCACAGUUUGCACUCUCUACAGUCUACAGACAUUACUAUUAUCAUAUUGUUCCUCUCUAAUUGAAUUGCCUGCAGACAUGAGAAAAUUGAUUAACUUGAGGCAUCUUGAUUGUAGUGGAACACAAAUUGAAGAGAUGCCGGUGCAAAUAGGUAGACUAAAAAGUUUGAGAACAUUGACUACUUUUGUUGUGGGGAAAUCUACUGGGUCGACUAUUGACGAAUUGGGGGAGUUGUCCCAUCUUGGAGGAAGAAUUUCAAUUUUGAAGCUUAAUAAUGUGGUUGAUGGUAGGGAUGCCUUGCAAGCUAAUUUGAAGAACAAAAAAGAUCUCAAGGAGUUAGAGUUGGCAUGGGGCUCCGAAGAUCCCGAUCAUUCCGAAAAGGUGAGAUAUGUACUUGACAAGCUCCAACCUUGCAUGAAUUUGGAGAGAUUGACCAUCAAACUUUAUGGCGGGACCAGCUUCCCAAACUGGUUGGGAGACUCUGCCCUCAAUAAAAUAAAAGUUAUGCGCCUUGAAGGCUGUCAUUAUUGCUUCGAGUUGCCACCGCUUGGACAGCUACCUACUCUUAAUUGUCAUUAUUGCUUCAAGUUGCCACCGCUUGGACAGCUACCUACUCUUAAGGAGCUCUUCGUAUGUAAUAUGAAAUUUCUUAGGACAUUAGGUCCUGAGUUGUAUGGUCAGCCAUUUCAGCCAUUUCAAUCGCUGGAGAGGCUGGAGUUUAAGGAGAUGUCAAAGUGGGAGGAAUGGGUACCAAGUGGGAGUGGAGGUCCAGACUUUCCUCGUCUCCAAGAGCUAAUUCUAGAAAAGUGUCCGAAGCUGAGAGGAAGCUUGCCUUGUGAUCUGCCUUGCUUGAAGAAGCUUAGCGUGGAAGGGUGUGGAGUUUUACAUGAUCAAAGAGCCACUGCUACUACUAGUACUAGUACUAAUCUCAACUACAAUUCUCUUCGAGAAUUGAAAAUAGAAGAUGGAUGCCAAACAGGUCUGUUAUCAUUACUAGAGGCAAAACUCCUCUCCCAACUUAUGAUUAGAAAUUUUUAUGACAUACAAUGCUUGCCCAACAUCAAUCGUCUGCAAAGUUUGAAUCUCUGGAAUUGUCCAACGCUGUCGUCGUUCCCUGAAGAUGGCCUACCCACUUCAGUGGGAGGAAUGAAGACCGGAAGGCCGGUGUCCAGAUUUUCCUCAUAUCAAGGACCUGACUUUAGACAAGUGUCUGAAGCUAUGAGGAAGCUUGCCUUGUCAUCUUACUUGCUUGAAAGACUUAGCUUGUCGUCCGGGUGUGGGGUUCUACAUGAUGAAUUAGAAAUAUGGACUAAUGUCUGA